UGGCAUCUCCAGCAGCAACAGCAGCAGCAGCACCACCGCAAGCAGCAGCAUCAGCACCAGCAGCAGCAGGACAGCAGCGCCACCACAACCAGCAAAACUAGCAACACAAGCGUCAACAGCAGCAACAACAGCAACAGCAGCAGGAGCAAAAACAGCAGCAGCAACAGCAACACCAGCAAGGGCAUCAACAGCAGCAACAGUAGCAGCAACAGUAACAGCAGCAACAGCAACAGCAACAGCAUCAACAGCACCAACAACAGCAAAACCAGCAGCAGCAACAGCAACGACAGCAGCAACAGCAGCCACAAAAGCAGCAACAAAAACAGCAGCAGCAGCACCAAAAGCAGCAGCAACAGUAGCAACAACAGCGAUACUACAAGCAGCAACCGCAUCAACAGCACCAACAACAGCAACACCAGCAGCAGCAACAGCUGCAACAACAGCAACAACAGCAAGAGCAGCAACAACAGCAACAACAGCAACAACAGCAAAAGCAGCAACAACAGUAGCAACAACAGCAACACCAGCAGCACCAGCAGCAUCAACUGCACUAACAGCAGCAAAGCCAGCAGCAGCAACGGCAGCAACAACAGCAACAGCAGCAACAACAGCAUAAGCAAAGACAGCAGCAGCACCACCACCACCACCAGCAACAGCGGCAACAACACUAGCAGCAGCAGCAACACCAGCAACACCAACAGCAUUAACAGCACCAACAACAGCAACGCCAGCAGCAGCAACAGCAGCAACAGCAACAGUAGCAGCAGUAAAUGCAGCAGCAGCAGCAACACAAGCAACAGCAAAGACAGCAGCGACAACAGUAGCAAAAAAAGCAACGCCAGCAGCAGCAACAGCACGAACAGCACCAACAAAAGCAAGACCAGCAGCAGCAACAACAGCAACACCAGUAGCAGCAGCAACAGCAACAGCAGGAAAAACAGCAGCAGCAAAAGCAACACUAGCAACAGCAACGACAGCAGCACCAAAGACAGCAACGCCAGCAACAGCAACAGCGUGAACAGCACCACCAACAGCAGCGCCAGCAGCAACAGCAACGCCAGCAGCAGCAACACCAGCAGCAGCAGCAGCAGCAGCAGCAGCUACCUAUGA